AUGACCGCUGCCACCGCUUUGAGCCUGGCCGCGCUGCGUCUGCACGAUCCGCCCAGGCUGCAAGACCUCGCUCCGGCAAUAUGGACUAUUAUCUUCUCCCUCUUCGACUCGGCACAAACUGUCGCACGCAUCGCAUUGACAUGUAAGAAACUCAACGCUGUGGCCCAGGUGCAAGGCUGGCCUUGCUUUGUCAGGAGCCGAUUUGCGAGUCUCAAGCUUUCAAAGGCACUCGGCGACAAAGAAUGGGCUGAGCUGGCUAAGAAGUUGACUGCGCAAUCGCGUGCCUGGGACCGCCGCGCUUUUUCUAUAACUUCAGUAGUGCCUCCUAUCCAAAACGGCGGAGGCAAUGAGCGAUCUGGUCACAGUCGGGGGCGAGGGCGAGGGCGUGGACGUGGGAGAGGACGCGGCCGUGGUGGUGGUGGCCAGUCUAGGAUACAGACGUUCCCAGCACACGUUGUCGUCGACGCGAGUUCCAAAGUCGAUGGACGGGACGAAGAAGAGACAGUUGCCUGGGGUCUCGGUGAGGAUGUGAUCAUCCGAUCGCGAAAGUCAAAGAACUCUGUUCUUCAGGGUGAAACCUGGACAUCACUCCCCGGAGUCGAGGCCGGGUUUAGGAGCGGCGACGAUGAUGUGGCGGCCAUUUCGAUUCUGUCCGAUUCUGCGCCCCAGCCUGGCCUCCUUGUUGGCCGAGCAAGCGGUUACUUGCAGCUCAUUUCUACAGAACGCAACGACAUGGGACGACUUCUCGCUUGGUUCCAUCCAAUGCGUGGAGGUGUAGAUCAAUUUGACAUGCAGCACUUUGAUACCAACGAAUCGCAAAACGCCGUGGUCGUUGCCACAAAGGAAAAUGUCUUAUUCUACCCUUUAGAGCCCAACAACUGGCCGGCUGCGGACAUGGCUAAUGGCACUCCGGAUAUCGUCGUUGAGCCCACUGAGGCCUUUAGCGUCAAGAGUAUGCCCAACUCUCAAGAGUUUAGAUUCAUUCGUGAGGCAAAGUAUAUGAGCAACGGAGAUAUUGCUUUGUGCAUGGCCAGCAGCGCACAACCUCUGCGUUAUCUGAAGAGAACACCUUCGGGCACCGUGUUAGCCAAUGCCGCCAAAUUACGACCUUCGAGCCGUUGCACCGAAACGCAUAUCUUUGACGGCAACGCUCCGCAAACUGCUCGGAGCGUGCUGCCAGUCAACUCUACGUCAGUUAUUGACGGCUCUGGCAACACCGUCUUGAGCUCUUACGAUGAUGGGACUGUUCGGCUGCAGGAUCUUCGGAGUCAUUCUCCCAUUGACGCCAUCUUCCAAGACCACUUUGAGAUGACUGCCCCUCUCGGCCCGCUUCUGUCCUAUGGAAUGGAUAGAUUUAUCGUUGGAAGCGCCCGCUUACCUAUUCUGAAAGUGUUUGACUUCCGAUGGACGCGGCCUUAUUCCUACACAGACGCCCUCGAUUGCAGCAAAACCGGGCUCGGCCCAACACCAAAGUCACUCACCGGGAUCCCAGCCCCGAAGUCCUCAAAUUAUGCGAAAUGCUGCCAUCUAUCUGGACGCCAAUGUAACCUUCACUCCCUGGCUCGGACUGACUUCUACAGACCAAACUGCAAUUUGUACCUCCCCAUUGUGUAUCCCGCCGCGACGCCGCUGUAUUCGCUUGCCAAAUCGUCGGACAUGGCAUCAAAUGUCUAUGCAGGCGUUACUGGUGAGCUACUGAAAAUAAGCCUCAGAGACGCUACAGUCGAUGAGCGGGAAGAUUUCUGUAUGAAGCGGAUGGGAAACAGUAACCGCUGCGGAUAUACCUUUCACAGGAGUCUUGCCAAUUUGGUCGAGACGGGCGAUGGACUUGCGCUGAGCGAUAUUUCCAAAAGCAAGAGGCUUCCACUCUUGUUCAAGCAGAAUUCUGAGCUGUUGUCUGACGCUGCUACAGGGGAGCUCCGUCGGCUCGAUCAUGCUUUGAGGUAA